CUCAAGAACAAAGUACCAUCAUUUCAUUUCCCAAAAUUCAGUAACAUCGUCCUGCUACCGGAGAGAUUAACACCUGGGAGUGAAAAAUGACCCCUGAAUCAUCAAUUCUUGUCUCUGGAGCACAGCCAAUCCUACAGAUUUUGAUCUCUAUCGCUACCCAAGAAAUCAGUCUAGCUUGGGGUGUGAAGGGAGAGUUGAAAAAGCUACAGACUACCUUGACCACCAUCCAAGCUGUACUGCAGGAUGCUGAGAAUCGGCAAGUAGAGAAAGAGGCAGUGAAAGACUGGCUAAAGAGGCUCAAAAGGGUUGCUUAUGAUGCAGAUGAUGUGCUGGAUGAGUUCAAAUAUGAAGCCUUACGGCGUAAAAUCGAGACCCAAAUACAAAUGAAGGGAAAGGUACGCAACUUCUUCUCACGCUCCAACCCAUUUGCAUUUCGGCUUAAAAUGGCCCAUAAACUUAAGGACAUCAAUGAAGUGUUAGAUGGCAUAAAAAAUGAUGCAAAUGGCUUCAACCUUAGAGUGGAGCCUGCUAAUUCCACAGCUAUGAUGAACAAAGAGGUCCGGCAAACCUUCUCUCUGAUAGAUGAUUCGGAAGUAGUUGGAAGGGUAGACGAUAAAUCAAAACUGUUGGAUAUGCUUGUCAACACUAGCAAUGAUCAAAUCAUUUCAGUCAUCCCCAUUGUGGGAAUGGGUGGAAUUGGGAAGACCACCCUUGCUCAGUUGAUCUUCAAUGAUCAGUUGAUUGUAAAUAAUUUUGACUUAAGAAUGUGGGUAUGUGUGUCCGAAGAAAUUGAAGUGAAGAGACUUCUAAAAGAAAUCAUAGAAUCAGCUGGAGCUAAAUGUGAUGCAUCAAACUUGGAUGUAAUAGCACGUAACCUCCAAGAAAAGUUGAUCCGUAAACGGUUUUUGCUUGUAUUGGAUGAUGUCUGGAUUGUAGAUCAUUUUGUUGAAAAAUGGGAUACGUUAAUAACUCCUUUAAGAUCUGGCGGUGUUGGUAGCAAAGUUAUUGUGACCACACGCAGCACUGAAGUUGCAGGAAUUGUGGCCUCAAAUGACACAUAUCAUGAUCUGGGAAUAUUACCGGAAAAAGAAUGUUGGUCUUUAUUUAGUCGCAGAGCAUUUAGCAAUGGAGGGCCUCUAGAAACCCCAAACCUGGUAGAAAUCGGAAGGAGAAUCACAAAAAAGUGUGGUGGAGUGCCUUUAGCAGUGAAGGUCUUAGGAAGCCUAAUGCACUCCAAAAAAGAGCAUGAAUGGUCUUCUAUGGAGGAAGAGGAAGUUUGGAAUUUACUAAAAGAUAGAAAUAGAGGAAUAAUGCCCAUAUUAAAGUUGAGUUAUGAUCAUCUGCCAUCACAUUUGAAACAUUGUUUUGCGUAUUGUUCAGUAUUUCCUAAGGAUUAUACUUUUGAUAAAAGAAGGCUGAUACAAUUAUGGAUGGCGGAGGGAUUCCUUCAACAACCCAAAGGAAGCAAACAAAUGGAGGAUGUUGGAAAUGAGUAUUUCAAUAUCUUAUUGUGGAAUUCUUUCUUUCAAGAUGUGGAAAAAGAUGAAUAUGAAGAUAUAAUACUGACAUGCAAGAUGCAUGAUCUUGUACAUGAUCUUGCACAAUUUGUUGGAAAGGUUGACUAUUCCAACAUGGAGGCCAUUAAUGUAGAAGACAUUUUUGACGAAGUUCGUGGUUUGUCACUUAUUUCGUUUCAUGAUAGAAAGAUGGAAUUUCCAGAAGAAGCCUUGAAGAAGACAAAGAAAUUGCGGACAUUAAUAUUUUCAUCAUCAAGCUUGGUUUCAAAUGAGAUGUUGAUGAACUUCCAAAGCUUGCGUGUAUUGGGAUUAAGUAAAUGUUCGAUUUAUAACUUGCCGUCUUCAAUAAGAAAAUUGAAACAUUUAAGGUACCUUGACCUCUCAUACAAUCCAAUUAGAGUGUUGCCUGAUUCUAUCACUAGCCUCUACAAUUUACAGACGUCAAAACUCAAUAAUUGCAGUCAUCUGGAAGAACUUCCCAAGGAAAUGAGAAAGAUGGUUAGCUUGAGACAUAUCGAACUUCACUGGAAAGAUGACCUCUACACUCAGAUGCCAAUUGAGAUGGGGAGAUUGACUAAUCUACAAACAUUAACAAAAUUUUACGUAGGCAAAGAUGUAGGACGCAGUAUUAAGCAACUAAAGUGCUUGAAUCUCAGAGGAGAACUGACCAUACGGCGUUUGGAGAAUGUAACAAGUGGAAUAGAAGAAGCAAGGGAGGCGAAUUUGAGAGGGAAGCCAGAUAUUUUGUUCUUUAACAUUAAAGUGGAAGUGGGAUUAUCCAAGUGAUAGUGGCAAAAUGCAUGAUGUGUUAGAAGGCCUAGAACCUCAUCCAAACUUGAAAAUGUUUUCGAUGGCAAACUUUGGCAGUGUAAAAUGUCCUACAUGGAUGGAAAGUGGUUUGUCAGCAUACAAAAAUUUGGUUUCGUUCAAACUCAAAUGGUGCCGUAGAUUGGAAUAUGUCCCAACGCUUGGGGAGCUACCCUUUCUUAGGUAUCUUUACUUAAGUUGUAUGGAAAGGGUGAAAUGUCUUGGUCGGGAAUUCUAUCAUAGCAGCAACAGUACUGGUGCAACUUCUUCAGGGACGGUUGCAUUUCCAUCUCUUAAGAAACUAUGGUUAUUUAAUAUGAAUAAUUUGGUUGAAUGGUUGGAAGUGUUUCCUUCCUUCCCAUCUCUUGAGAUGUUGUCGUUGAAGUCAUGCCUUCAGCUGAAAAUCAUGCCAAGUUGAUUCCCUUCCCUCAAAAGCUUGUACUUCUAUGGUACAAAUAAAAUGGCACUAAAUUCAUUGUCAAGAAACCUGAUCUCUCUCAACCGUCUUCGUAUUGAUCAUUGUCCAGACCUCAAGUCUGUGCCGGAGAGGUUGCUACAAAACAAUGCAAAUGUUCUUCAGAUAGUGGAGGUUUCAGGUUGCGAGAGGCUUGAAACAAUUUUUCCAAGUGAAGGACAAGAAGGAUCCUCACUUACCCUAGUCUUUCCGUCUCUUCAAUCCUUGGAAAUAAGGAGAUGUCCUUUUGUAAAGCUUUUACCAGACGUAUGGGGAAUGACUUCUCUUCGAAAGUUGAAGUUGACAGACUUUGCAGGCUUGAAGUCACUACCAGAGGGGUUGCAGUGGCUCACUAUGCUUGAGAGUUUACACAUUGAUCGGUUUUCAGAGGGGAUGGAUUAUAUAAAAGGGGAAGAGGAUCUCCCGCACCUUGUCUCCCUUCGACACCUAACACUUGUUGACUGGCCUCAGCACAAGGAUCUCCAAGACCAACUAAGGCACCUAACUAAGCUAACAUAUGUGACCACAGAAAGAUGUGUUUGAAAUGGGAAUCAAGGUCUAUUCUGGCUUUGUGAUGGAAAUCAGCGUAUCUCCCUAUUUGCUUUGGCUACAUUAAUUGAAUGACUCAUCUCUCUCGGAGAGUUGGGCAAUUUGAGUUCCCCUGCUUUUGUGCUUCAAGGAGUGGAAGAUGCAGAAGCAAUCAAACAGCUUACAUAAGAUGUUCAAGUGAGGUUUUGUUACAUAUAUGAAGGGGCAGUGGAGGAACCUACGCCCUAUGGGAGACCUUCGCAAUCUAUAUUUUGUUUCUUCUUUUGGAAAUCUCGUACAAGGAUGUUCAGGAUACAUAUAAAAGGCAU